UUUAGAAAGCCCAGUCUUCUUCUUUCGAUUCAAUUAUGCGUAAAUAAUAUAAUGGAGAAAAAAGACAGGCUCGCAGCAGCGAUAAUGAAGAUUCGUUGGAGAGAUGGAAUCUCUCGCAACCGAUCCAGGUUUCAUUGAUUCGGAUGUAUACCUCAGAUUAGGACUUAUAAUUGAGGGCAAACGAUUGAAAAAGCCACCUACUGUUCUCUCCCGCCUCUCUUCAUCUCUGGAGAGAUCUCUGUUGCUCAAUCAUGACAAUAUUCUGCUUCAAUCGCCAGACUCUGUGACUCUGUUUGACGGCAGAUCUCCCCCUGAGAUCAGCAUUUCACACUACUUGGAUCGCAUUUUCAAGUACUCUUGCUGCAGCCCCUCCUGCUUCGUCAUUGCACAUAUCUACAUUGAUCACUUUCUCCACAAGACCCGAGCCCAUCUCAAACCGCUUAAUGUCCACCGCCUUAUCAUAACAAGUGUCAUGUUAGCUGCUAAAGUCUUCGAUGAUAGGUAUUUCAACAAUGCAUACUACGCGAGAGUUGGAGGUGUCAGCACGAGAGAGUUAAACAGAUUGGAGAUGGAGUUGUUGUUCACCCUUGACUUCAAGCUUCAGGUAGAUCCUCAGACGUUUCACACACAUUGUUGUCAGUUAGAAAAACAGAACAGCGACGGCUUCCAGAUCGAGUGGCCGAUAAAAGAUGCAUGUCGAGCCAACAAAGAGACUUGGCAGAAGAGGACACCCGACUCAGUCUGCUCUCAAACGACAGCACGCUGAUCAGGAACACGUGAGGCAAGGGUAAGAUAGG